UUUCAUCUGAAUGUAGAACAGUUUCUACCGACUCACUUUGUUUGUUCCACAAACCCACCGUCAUGCUCGGUUGACUUUCAAUGUCACUGCAGUCAGCUGCAUUUGUGCACCCGAGCAUGGCUUGCAUAAUUACUCCCAUCCGAAAUGGUGUCUUUUCACAAGACUCAAUGUUACUCCGAUUAGUGUCCCACGACCAUCUAACGGUGCCAGAGCUUGGCAUCAGGCUGCACCAGCAAUGGUUAUCAACGCAAUUCGCAGUACACCUGCCGGCACUACAGUGGCUAAUUCGUCCGGCGGCGUCGGUUCCAUCGAUCGUCAGCAUUCGUUCUUUCGUACUUAUCCGUAUCCGUUUUUUAUGUACUCCCCCGGAUUCAACCCGUACGGGAAUCCAUCUGGACCGGCACUGGUUGGAUCUCCAUACGCCGACAUGUCCCAGCAGUACAGUUUGAAGUACGGCGGGGGUGAUGGCACCGGUUAUGGUUCUUCAUAUGGGCCCCCAGGACCUUCUCAUCCGUCGGGAGGAGCAGUCUACGAGUACCAUGCGCCACCAGCAGCACCGGCGCAUAUUUCACACCCACAUCCAGUGCCUUUCCACUUUCCUGCUUCCAAGAUGAAGAAGGGAAAAGGAGCGGCACUUUCCGCAUUAACAUUGCUCGCAUUUCUGUACUUUCUGAAUAUGCUGCAAGGCUGCCUGAAAGAGCACAUGGACGCAAUGAAUCCAACGGUUAUGGUGAUGACUGCCGGAGCUACACGCCGGAAAGAUAACGAUAAAGUGACAUUAAUAGAAUCUGAUGAAAUGGCUGGAGAGUACGAUACGCCGGACGAGAAGUACCGUCUUGUGACAAAAUCUCCAAGCACAUUUGCUAACGACAAACCCGUCCGAAUUUAUAAAUCUGAUGCGGAUGCUGUUCUACGAUUUCGGAACAAUAAUUACUACGAUGACUAGUGGGAAUCAUGUAAACUCGUGUCCAAUAAACAUAAC